AUGUUUGACACAACUUCCUUAAUACACUUAGGGAGUAAUCAAACGAUACAAAAAUCUAUAUCAGGGGAAUUGUGUAUGUAUAUAUGUAAAAAAAAAAUUAAUAAAGAAUAUUCUCCUUUUUUUUUUCCCGAAAAUGAUAAUAAAAUAAAUGAAAAUAUUUAUACUAAUAUUAAUUAUAAUGAUAAAUUGAAACAAAGUUAUAAAUGGGAAAAAUACUUUUGUUUCAUUAAGGCAAACUUUUUUUUUGUCUACAAAUUUAAGGGAGAUUAUAAACCUCAGUUUGUUUUCCUUUUAGAGGGUAUUCAAGUACAAACUAUAAAUUAUAAUGUCGCAAUAAAAAACGGGAUAAUAGAAAAGGUAGACAAUUUUAAUAUAGGCGAAAAUGAAGAUAUUAUACAAAUAAAAUUUAUCCCAUCCUUAAACAACAUGAACAUGUGCAUAUUUUAUGCAAGCAAAGUUGGCUAUUCAAAAAGGUGGGCACAAAUUUUAACAGACUCGAAUUUUACUCUGUUAAAUAAAAAUUUAAAUAUAAUAAAAGACGAAAAUGAAGAAAUAAAAAACGAUAUAAAAAAUAUUAAAAAAAUUAAUAAAAUAGAAAUAAAAAAUAAAGACAUUCAAAUAAAUUCCCUUAACGAUCGAAUAAAUAUGUUAAAAGCCGAUAUCGAAAAUGUCCGAAUUAAAAACAAGAGACUGCAAACAGCGGCAGAAGCAAAUAUUCAAAGUGCAGACGAAUUUUUGCAAAAAAAAAUGACAGAAAUGAGUGCCAUAUGUGCUGAGAUUGAGUCAAAAAUAGAAGAAAACGAGACCUUAAAAGACAAAAUAAAAGCAGCGGCCCGAGAGUUUGAAAAAAUGGAAAAAGAAAGAAACGAUGCAAAUAAUGAAAAAUUUAAUCUCGAAAAUAAAAUAAAAGAUAUAAUUGUUACUUAUGAAGAAGCUAAAAGUGAUCCAGAAAAAAUAACAUUAAAAAAUUUCAACAUAAAUCAGAGAUAUCAAGAAAUAGUAGUCCAUAAUCAAAAUUUAAAAACUGAAAUAAAAAAAUUAAUUGAAAGAUAUUAUGAACUUGAAAAUAAAUAUAAAGAAAAAAUAAAAACAAUAAAAGAAAUAAUCGAAAUUGGAGAUAUAUUUGAUUAUUUACAUAAGCUAGUUAUUUUGUGUCAAACAAAAAUAAAAUUUUAUGAACAGUCAUAUAAAUAUACAGAUGAACAACAAAAUGAAUUAUUAACACAUUUAGAAUAUAUUAUUAAAGAAACUAAAUUAGCAGAAGCAAAUGCUAGAGUCUCUUAUAUUACACAUAGAUCAAAAAUAUUAGAAGAACGAUUGUUAUAUUAUAUUAACAGAAAAGCUCCUUCAGAUUAUUUUUAUUUUGCAAAUAUUACAUUACGACGAUUAGGAUGGAUUUUUGGUGAAAUUGAAACCCUCAAUCCAAUACAUCUUAUAAAUUGCAAAAAUGAAAAAAAUAAAAGUAUCCAACAAAAUGAUGAUGUAUAUCCUCUCUAUUCAUACUUAGAUGAAAAUAAUGCAAAUAUAAUACCUAUGAGAGAGCAAAUAUAUUAUAAUGAAGGAAUAGAAGGUAGAGAAUGUUUUAAAAUAGUUACAGAUGUUGAUGUUUAUUCUACUCCUAUUAAAAUGUAUCCUUAUGAAAAUAUGUUAUUAAUUGAAAAUAAAUAUAAUUACAUUAAAAUAAAAUUGACAGAUUUAAAAAAAGAUUUUAAUAUUUUAAAACAAAAAAAAAAAUUCGAAACAAAAUCUACAAUUUCGGAUUUGCAAUGGUCAGAAAUUACAAAAAAUGCAUAUCAUAGAUUGGAAAAAAAUAUUAUUGCCUUAGAUCAGAAAAAUGUCUAA